AGAAAGCAAUCUGCGAUGGUCUCUGGGAAAUGUAGUCCUGGGCGAGGUCAUUUGAUCCGGUCCUUGCGGCACUCCUGUUUCUGGAGUAAAGAUCGCCACCCCACCUCAGAGAUGAAACACCUGAAAAGUUCCAGAGGAUUACAGCCUCGGAGCCAUGAGAAGUUCUCCCUUAGAAGGCUAAUCGUACGUUCUCUCGUUCCAACAUUCUCUACUUCCAUUCUCGGGCAUAGAAGCUCUCCUGGGGAGGCUCGAGAAGCACGGCCUUCUGGGAAAUGUAGUCCACGUUAAAAGCUGGGCCACAUGGCGGAAGUGGCUGGAGAGAGGUUGUUCCGGAUCAUCUCAGUGCCCUACCCGACCUAACCGGGUGCUGCCCUACUUGGAAUUCGCCGGUUCUCGGAGUUCAUAGCCCGUGGGCUCGCAGUUUAUACUUCCGAGUUCUGCACUUUUCCCAAAGUGCCCAGAAGAGCAGAGAAGCAUGGCUGUUGUGGAUGUCAACACUGUGUUCAAGGAGUUGGUGGUGUUCGGGGAUGUGGCUGUGGAGUUCUGUAAAGAGGAAUGGGAGCACCUGGGCCCUGAUCAGAGAUCUCUGUACAGAGAUGUCAUGUUGGAGACCUACAGUAACUUUGUGUCGCUGGGACUCGCCAUUUCUAAGCCAUCAGUAAUUUCACUACUGGAGCAAGGCAAAGAACCCUGGAUGGUGGAGCAGGCAGGAUGGUACCCAGAUUUGUUGCCUGUAAAUGAAACUAAGAAUUUAUCUCUAGAGAGCGGCAUCUUUGGAAAGGAAUCAUUAAAAUGGAAAAUAAUAGAAAGAGUCGGUAAUUCUUGCCUUGAGGAAUCAUGUUUUGGAAAUGAUUGGAAAUGCAAGAGACUCCUUGAGACACAACCAGAGUGUACAGAGGAAUAUUUACAGGGAGUGACAGCCCCAUUGGAAAAGAUGUCAACCGAAUUCAUUCAGCCUACACCCCUUGCUUCAAGUGAAACAACUCACUCUGAAACAAAAAAUUAUCCACAGGAAGCAGGUGAAACCAUUACUCAGCCGAUAGGAAUUCCUACCGGUGAUAAACUUAAUGAAGUGUACGAGAACACCUUUAUCUAUUACACAGAUCCGAUGAAAAAUCGACAGGAUUUUGCUGGUGAGAAAUGUGAUGAAUUGAAAGAGUGUAGCAGAAGAUUUACCUAUGACUUCCAACUUGCCCCAUAUCAGAUCAAUAAGAAGCCCUAUCAGUGUGAGAUCUGUGGCAAGAUCUUUGAAAAGCAUGCUUACCUUGUUCAGCAUAAUCGCUUUCACACCGGUGAAAAGCCCUGUGAAUGCAAAGAAUGUGGGAAAGCCUUCACUAACUGCUCCCUGCUCGUCCAGCACCAGAGAGUUCACACGGAUGAGAAGCCCUAUGAGUGCAAGCAUUGUGGAAAGGCCUUCCUCUACUUUUCUACAUUUUUCCAACAUCAGAGAACACACACCAACGAGAAGCCUUAUGAAUGUCACAAGUGUCAGAAAGCCUUUAACAAGAGUGCAAAUCUCACCAGACAUCAAAGAAUUCACAGCGGUGAGAAGCCCUAUGAGUGUAACUUAUGUGGGAAGACGUUUACUUGGGCUUCCAACUUGAAUGAUCACCAGAAAAUUCACACUGGUGAAAAACCUUACGAGUGUAACUAUUGUGAAAAGGCCUUUCUCUGUCAUUCAGCAUUCAUGAAACACUAUAGAACUCACACUAACGAGAAGCCCUAUGAGUGUCAGGAGUGCAUGAAGGCCUUUAGGCAGAAAGCACAUCUCAUCCAACACCAGAGGGUUCACACUGGCGAAAAACCUUACGAGUGUAAGGAGUGUGGGAAGGCCUUCGCUUGCCCUUCAUACUUUAACAGGCAUCAGCGAAUUCACACCGGGGAGAGGCCUUAUGAGUGCAAAGAGUGUGGGAAGGCUUUUAUUGAUUGCAAAACUCUUAUUCUACACCAGAGGAUCCACACUGGUGAGAAGCCCUUCCAAUGCCAGCAGUGCAGCAAGGCCUUUCGGCAGAGGUCCCAUCUUACUCAGCAUCAGAGAAUCCACACUGGUGAGAAGCCCUAUGAAUGUAAGGAAUGCGGACAGGCCUUCACCCGGCUCCUCCAGGUGAAGAAGCACCAGAGAAUACACACAGUGGGAGAAAUCCUGUGUAUUUCUCUCACUGCGGGUGCGAAGCCACAGAAGCCUCUCUCGCCCCACUGGUUCCUUGUGCGCCUGCGCACUGCCGCACAGAUGCCCCCCCCCACCUUCCCCCGCGGUCCAGCAGCUGGGGGCGGGGCUCACAGUCUCUGCAGGGCGGAGAGCCCAGGACCUGGAGAAAGAAGCAAGCAGCAUCCCGGACUUUCUGGUUUGAGAUCGGAAGCCCUGGAGCCCCCAGUAUCACCCUCGAUAGCACCUCGGUGCCACCGCCGCAGCGCCGAGGCCCGGGUCACCGCACUUGGGACCCACACUCUGGGCACCGCGUCCCACAGCCGGAGCGAGGUGGUGUUCAGAGACGUGACUGUGGACUUCUCUCAGGAAGAGUGGGAGUGCCUGAAUUCCUCCGAGAGGGAUCUGUACAAAGAUGUGAUGUUAGAGAACUACAGCCACCUGGUGGCACUGGCAGGAUGCUCCAUUUCUAAGCCAGAUGUGAUCACCCUGUUGGAACAAGGGAAGGAGCCCUGGAUGAUUGUGAGGGAUGAGAAGAGAAGGUGGAGCCAAGAGCUGGAACCCAGAUAUAGCAGUAAAGUGUUACUUCAAGAAAAGAAUACUUAUGAAAUUAAUUUGUCUCCGUGGGAAAUAAUGGAAAGAAUUAAAAGGUAUGGCCUUGAAGAUUCCUUUUUUCGGAAAGAGUUUGAAUAUAAAACCUUUGAAGAACAAGAGAGUUCUCGCGGGGCGUGUUUCAGACAAGUGACAAAACCCGGCCCUGGAAAAAGAGCCGUGUACAAAAGACGCUCAUCAGUUGGUCUCUAUCAGAAAAACCGUAACAGAGAAAAGCCCUACGAAUGCGGGGAGUGUGGGAAGGCUUUCAGAGUCCGCCAACAACUCACCUUCCACCAGAGAAUCCACACGGGGGAGAAACCCUACGAGUGUCAAGAAUGUGGGAAAGCCUUCAGGCAGUGUGCCCACCUCAGUCGCCACCGGAGGGUUCACGCGGCCGACAAACUCUAUGAGUGUAAGAAGUGCGCAGGGAUCUUCAGGUGCAGCUCAGACCUCCGAGGACACCAGAGGAGUCACGCCGGCGAGAAGCCGUACGGAUGCAAGGAGUGCGGGAAGGCGUUCAGAGUGCGGGGGCAGCUGAGUCUCCACCGCAGGAUCCACACCGGGGAGAAGCCUUACGAGUGCGAGCAGUGCGGCAAGACCUUCAGGCAGUACGCGCACCUCACCCGGCACCAGAGGCUCAGCAGCGCCGGCGAGCGCUCCUCGGCGUGCGAGCAGUGCGGGCAGGCUUUCCUGUGCAGCACGGGCCUCCGGCUGCACCACAGGCUGCACACGGGCGAGAAGCCCUACGGCUGUGAAGAGUGCGGGAAGGCGUUCCGCGUGCGGCAGCAGCUCACCCUGCACCAGAGGAUCCACACGGGCGAGAAGCCCUUUGACUGCAAGGACUGCGGGAAGACCUUCAGCCGCGGCUACCACCUAACGCUCCACCGGAGGAUCCACACGGGCGAGAAGCCCUACGAGUGUAAGGAGUGCCACAAGUUCUUCCGCCGGUACUCGGAGCUCAUCUCCCACCAGGGCAUUCACGUUGGGGACAAGCCCUAUGACUGCAGGGAGUGUGGGAAGGCCUUCCGGCUGUUCUCACAGCUGACGCAACACCAGAGUAUCCACCUGGGGGAGAAGCCCUAUAAGUGUUUGGAAUGUGAGAAAAGUUUCAGGCUGCUCUCCCAGCUCACUCAGCAUCAGAGCAUCCACACGGGGGAGAAACCCUAUGACUGCAGGGAGUGUGGGAAGGCCUUCCGGCUCCAUUCAUCACUUAUUCAGCAUCAGAGGAUCCAUUCUGGCGAGAAACCUUACAAGUGUACGGAGUGUAAGAAGGCAUUCAGACAGCACUCACACCUCACCUACCACCAGCGAAUUCACAAGAAUUCUUAAGGACCCUUUUAAGAACUCUUCCAUUGCAAAUACGUUAAGGAGCGGUAGAAAAUUCUAGAAGAAAAAAAGGUUUUAGUCCUUUUUUGCUUCCUGCUCACAAAUAGCCGCAUGAAAGGUUUCAGUCAGAGGACAAAGUGUUAAACUUUAGGAAGCUCUCUCUAGACUGGAACUUCACAGAAGGACGAAUGUGUAAAGGCAUUCUAUCUAUACUGUGUACCUAAGAGCAUAGCCAAGGCACCAACUCAUUUUGAAAAUUAAUAACUAAAAAGAAUUGUCUAUAUAAGCUGUAUCUCAGAGCUACCAAGAGUUGCUGAGGUACCGUUCUUAAUUAGAGAGUUUCAGCAGAAUCAGGCAGCACAUUUAAUAGAGACUCUAGAACGGUGGUUCUCAUCACAACCCCUAUGGGGGGGUGUCAAACAACUCUUUCACAGGGGUCACCUAAGACCAUCGGAAAACAUAUUUACAAUGUAUAAUGCUAGCAACAUUAUAGCUGUGAGGGAGAAAAAAUAAUUUUGUGGUUGGGGCCUACAACAUGAGGAACUGUAUUAAAGGGUCAUGGCAUCAGGGGGGUUGAGAUCCACUGGUCUAGGUAUUACAACCACCGAGUGAUAAACUGGCUUGACCUUGGUAAUGAAUGGGUCAGGCUGGCAGCAGCUGAACCAACGUAGAAUAAUAAAGAAUUCUGUGCCUUCUAGUGUGCCUAACUACAACACUGACACCUAACUAAAAGCACCAAACCUCUAAUCCAUACAACCUCAACGCCCAGUUUAGAGAAAAUAAGGAAGAGAACAGAUUGCCUGGUAAAACAAGAAGCAACGAACCUAAAAUGUGAAUGCUUUCCCCUUGGUUUUCAACCAGCAAAGUGGUAUUAAAAACAGAGGUGAUGCAUUUUGAAUACUGAAAGGGACUUGAAAGGCAUAGGUCAGAUAGAUACACUGGGAAGUCUAAGAUCAUGAGUUGUGCAAACAGGUGACGCAGGACAGGAAGUCUGCAAGGGACAGCAGUCACCUGCACUAACCCACGUGAUUCAAUACGGCGUCACUAGAAGCAUGCUUAACAUGAGUUGAGUUAUGGUGGCUUCUCCAAAUUAAAACAAGCUUUAGUUUAAAAUACAAGACUUUGAAGUCUUAGUUCCCAGCUGCUCUGGAUGAACUCAGAUGAGGCAAGCCUGUUGUGAUGUCAGUCCUGAGGGUGUGGAGAGAUGGGGGGAUCCCUGGGGUUUGCUCCCUAGCCAGUCUAACUGAUCACAGGUUAGUGAAAGACCCUGCUCAAAAAGAAAGAUAGGCAGCUAAUGUCAAAUCAGCCUCUGGCCUCCAGUGCAGACAGGUGUACAAAGUCAUGUACACACCCCCCCCCAAAAAAACCCAAAACUCCAGCCUAGGAAGCAGAGGCAGGCAGAUCUGAAUUCAAGCCAACCUAGGCUACAUAGCAAGUGCCAGGCCAGCCAGGGCUAAAAAGUGAAAACACCACCACCAAUUAAAAAAAUGAUAAGUAAAAUAAGUGGGAUCUUGCCUAGGUCUUCACAAUCCUUUUAGUUUUUAAAGCCUUCUGCGUAUUUAAGAACGAAGUGAAUUGUGUUUGCAAACUUAUGAACAUUCUAAAAUUACUUCCUUAAGUAAUAAAGACUUUUUUAUGGGUGUUGAUGUCAAACAUAAUGAUUUCCCUGUGACCACUCUCGUGAGCUGUUGCUCUAUAUUGCAUGACACGAUUGAUGUUUCUACUGUAAACGUAAAAUAGAAGCAAAUUCAAGUGUCUUUA